AUGGCCUGGCUGUGGCUGCUCUGUGCACUGCUUUCUGCUUCCAUGCUGUCUGUGACAGCCAACAGGCCACCAGUGUUUGGGAACAAUAUGUCAACUGCGAUUCUGCCAGAGGACUUACCAUUGGGUGACGUGGCCUUCUGGUUGGUGGCUACAGACAGUGAUAAUGAUAUUCUGACCUAUGGGAUUACUGGUUCCUAUGCCUACUUCUUCUCUGUCACCCCAGACACUGGGGAAGUGAAGCUGGCCAGCCCUUUGGACUACGAGACACUCUAUUCCUUCAAGAUCACCAUCUCCGUGUCUGACCCUCAUCUGCAGGUGCGGAAGGAAAUGCAGGUGUUUGUGGAUGACAGGAAUGACAACGCACCCGUUUUCCAGAAUUCUGUGUUUUCCACCAGCAUCAGCGAGACCCUGCCAGUCGGCUCUGUGGUGUUCUCGGUGCUGGCCACGGACCCGGACACCGGGCCAGGAGGUUUAGUGAAGUACUACAUAGAGAAGGUCAUCCCCAGCACCGAUGACAGCAAGAAUCUUUUUCACAUCUUGGACAAUGGCUCCAUUGUGUUGAGUGACAGCCUCAGCUACAACAAUAAGAGCGCCUUCUACCAGCUGGAGCUGAAGGCCUGCGAUUCAGGUGACUGGUGGAAUAACACCAUAACCAUCCAAUGCUCCCAGCCAGUCUUCCUGUCCAUCUCAGUGGUUGAUGAGCCAGACCUGGACCCCCAGUUUGUCAGGGAGUUUUACUCAGCCUCCGUGGCUGAGGACGCGGCCUUGGGAACCUCGGUGCUGAAGGUGGAGGCGGUGGAUGGCGACAAAGGCAUCAAUGACCAUGUGACCUACAGCAUCUCCAACUCCACAAGGUCCGGCUGGUUCAGCAUCGGGGAGGAUGGGGUCAUCACAGUCAGCGCCCCCCUGGACAGAGAGCAGCUGCUUGACGAUAAUGAAGAAGUGCAGAUUCAGGUGACGGCCACUGAGGAGAAGCCUAACAUCUACGGGCAAGAGGCCAAGGCGAGCAUGUGGGUCACAAUAAGAGUGACGGAUGUGAAUGACCACAAGCCAGAAUUUUACAACUGCAGCCUCCCAACCUGCACCUUUAGCCCCCAAGAGGCCCAAGUCACCUUCACAGGCUACGUGGAUGAGCAUACCUCUGCCCGAAUCCCCAUCGAUGACCUGACCAUGGUGGCCUAUGACCCAGACCAGGGCGACAAUGGCACCUUCCUGCUGUCCUUGGAGGGCCCAGAUGCUGAAGCCUUCAACGUGUCCCCAGAGCGAGCGGCAGGGUAUGUCAGUGUGCAGGUGGUGGUGAGAAACUCGGAGAUGGUGGACUACGAGAAGACAACGGUGAUGUUGGUGCAGGUUGUGGCCACUGACUCAGUCAGCAAGAAUUACUCUGUUGCCAAUGUGACCAUCCACCUUAGAGACAUUAAUGACCACAGGCCCACGUUUUCUCAGAGCUUGUAUGAGCUCACUGUGCCAGAGCACAGUCCAACAGGUUUUGUGGUCACCAGCAGUAUCAAGGCUACAGAUGAAGAUAAGGGCGAAUGGGGUCGUAUCACCUACAGUCUGCUUUCAGGAAAUGGAGAAGACCUGUUUGAGGUAGAUCCAAACUCAGGAAAUGUGACGGUGAAAAAUGGUACACUGCUGGACCGGGAGAAGCAGGCUGUGUACUACCUCACACUGCAGGCCACCGACGGUGGGAACCAGUCUACCACUACCACACUACAGAUCACUCUGCUGGAUAUUAAUGACAACGCACCUGUGGUCCGAGGCUCCUACACGGUCUUUGUGCCAGAGGAGGGUGGCAAUGUCUCCGUGACCAUCCAGGCUUAUGAUGAUGACCAGCCAGACACUAACAACAGCCGCCUGCUCUUCAGCCUGCUGCCUGGGCCCUAUAGCCACAACUUCUCCAUAGACCCCAACACCGGGCUCCUCAGGAAUCUGGAGCCCCUGGACCGUGAGGCCAUUGACCCUGUGUUGGAGGGCCACAUUGUACUAACUGUGCGUGUGGCUGACUGCGGCAUGCCUCCCCUCAGCACUGACGUCAAUGUCACCAUCACUGUGGAGGACAUCAAUGACAACCUACCUGUAUUCAACCAGUCCUCCUAUGAAUUCUUGGUGAUGGAGAGGGAGCCAGGAGAGUUUGUGGGCACAGUGAAGGCCUGGGAUGCUGACCAGACAGAAGCCAACAACCGCAUCAGCUUCAGCCUGUCCGGGACUGGUGUCAACAACUUUAUGAUCCAGGGCAACGUGCUGGGUCAAGGGUGGGCCGAGGGGUCCCUCUGGCUGCUCCCUGAUGUGAGCCUGGAUUAUGAAGCACAGAAAUUCUUCAAUCUGACAGUGACUGCUGAGAACCCAGGCCCCCAGGGCCUCAAUUCCACAGCCAAUGUCACUGUAGUUGUGGUGGACGUGAAUGAUGAGCCACCUACCCUGGAUGCAGCCUCACUCCAGAGCAUCACUGUGGCUGAGAAUGGUUCCCAGCAUGGCCUGGUGGCCCAGGUGAUAGCCCAGGAUGUGGAUACUGAUGCCGUGCUGACAGUAGAACUGGUGAAUGUCAUCUGCACCAAGGACAACGUUGACGUGGGCAGCGUGUGCCACGGCUGGUUCUCUGUGCUUGCCAACGGCUCGGUGUACAUCAAUCAGAGCGAGGCCAUCGACUAUGAGGCUUGCCACCUGGUGACGCUGGUUGUGCGGGCGCAUGACCUCGCCACCAAUCCCCGCUUUGAGGCGUACAGCAGCAAUGGAAACCUCCCCAUCAUCAUCGAGGACAAGAAUGACAAUGCUCCCUAUUUUCUGCCUGACAACCAGACCUUUGUGAUCAUUCCAGAGCUCGUGUUACCCAACCAGCCCGUGGCUUCUGUCCAGGCCAGAGAUGAGGACUCACAACACAAUGGGAUCAUCCAGUUCUCCAUCCUGAAAUCGGAUUUUGUCUCCAACAAUGGGGCCUCCAACCCUGUCCAGGUCUUCCGGAUUACCCGCUCAGUGGAAGCUGACCUAUACACUGGCAACAUCGUGCUGGUGACCAACCUUGAUUCCACCCUCCAAGGCACAUACCAGGUGACAGUUCAGGCUCAGGACCAGCCAAUCGUGGGUCCUGCACUGGAAACCCAGACCACUCUGAAUCUCUUCACUGUGGACCAGAGUUACCGUGUGAGGCUACAGUUCUCCACCAACAAGGAGGAUGUGGGUGCCAACGUGGAGGAGAUUAAGGCGGCUCUUGUCCAGGCGACCAGGACCGCUGUCUAUGUUGUGACGAUACAGAACAUAGACUCCACGGCUCGAGCCCAGGUCCAGUCCUACCUGGAUGCCUACUUUGUCUUCCCCAAUGGGUCAGCCCUGACACUUAACGAGCUGAAUACGAUGAUCCGGAAAGACCAGGAUGCACUGAGGCAGCUGCUGCAACUGGGGCUGGUGGUGGUGAGCUCCCAGGAGGGCCAGGAGUCUGACCAGCCGAAGCUGCUCACCAGUGUCAUCAUAGGACUGGUAGUGGCCUUGCUGCUGGUCCUCGUGAUUCUGACCACGGCGCUCGUGUGUGUGCGGAAGAGCUACCACCGGAAGCUUCGAGCUAUGAAGGCCGGCAAGGAGGCCCGGAAGACGCCAGAAGCAACGACUUCACCUGUUGCUAUCCCUGGGACUAACAUGUACAACACUGAGCGAGCCAACCCCAUGCUGGACCUCCCCACCAAUGAUCUGGGAUUGGAGAGUCUCCCCUCCAGUGACCUGGACUAUGUCAGCCUCAACUCCCUAGACAAAAACGCUGUGGACUUGGACACGGACAGUAAGGAAAUCAAGAAGCCGCUCCCACACAACUCGCCUGAACUGGACCCAGAGCCCCUGAGUGUAGUGCUCUCCGGAAGGCAGGUGGGCACAAGCGGACAUCAGCAGAAGGAUCUGUCCUUCACCAACCCUAGCCUGGACACCACAGAUCUGUGACAGAGACCUUCUUC